CAUCUCUAUCUGUGAUGAUGAGAGAAGAUUCCGAUGAGUCCUAUUAGUUUUCCGGCCAAUGAAACCCUAGCUCCUAUGGAGUAAUUUCUGAUUUUGGGGAAAGGCUUUCUUAGGGUUUAAGAAUGGGGAAAGCUCCAUCUUUGACUACCUUGUGUCUUGAGGUAGUCAAAGACGAAAUACUUCGUGGAGAUGAUUUGAUGCCAGUUAUACGUAAGCUGCCAACUGACUUGUUUGAUAGGCUACUUCUUCGGUUACCUCCAUUACCAUUGCUGAAGUUGGGAAUGGCGAUGGGUUUUGGUUCUGAGGAGAAGGAGAAGCAGGAGUGUGACGAAGCUGGCCAGGGAAAUGGGAGAAAACGUGGAAGGGAUUUUAGUUAUGAGGACAAGGAGGAGCAGGAGUAUGUCGAUGCUGGUCAUGGAAAUGGGAGAAAACGUGGAAGGGAUUUUAGUUCUGAGGAGAAGGAGGAGCAGGAGUACGACGAUGCUGACCAUGAAAAUGGAAGAAAAUGUGGAAUGAUUUCAGGUUGGGACAAGGCAUGGAAGCAUUUAUAUGAGUUGCGUUGGCCUAAGCUUGUUAAUCAGAACGAAUAUGUUGACUGGCUGCAGAUAUAUUGGGAAACUCAUUUACAAAACUGCCUAGAUCAAGCGGCAGAGAUUGCUUUACUCCCUUUAUUUGAUGAAAGUCUUGGUGAAAUAGGGAUUCCAGAUAGUUUAUUGAAACAUAUUGGUUAUGAGAAUUACAUGAAGGUUGCCACUUGUGACUAUUCAAAAUUAUAUUUCCAUUGCCGAGAGUUUGGGCGCUUUGCUAGAUGUCUAAGAAUUCAAAAUAAUAUAUGUGGUAGAGAAAUUUCUCAUUUAUUGAGAAACUGCAAGUUGCAGAGCUUGGCACUUUGGUGGAUCAGAUCCGAAGAGCAAGUUGGUGGAUUAUGUGAACUUCUGAACCAGAAUAGGGAAAGUUUAUCUUCACUUGAGUUUGUUCACUGCAAGCUCUCUUCAGAUUCCAUAGAUGAAAUUUGUGGUUCUCUAUUGCUGAAUAGUGUGCCAACACAUGGGAUACAGAGCUUCUCAAUUACUACAUCGAGAUUUCUUGAAACAAAUCUUGAUUCCUUACCUUUUGGACUUGUAUCAUUUCUGUCAUCACGGUCUUUGUGUUCCUUAAAAUUAUCUUAUAAUAACUUAGGCUGGAACUUCGCCAAAAUGAUUUUUAACACUCUUCGUGAUGCUUCAUCUGGUCUCUCUGUUCUUGACCUUUCUGAAAACAAUAUAACCGGUUGGCUUUCUGAGUUUAUUCCGAGAUUCUCAAGAAGUGGUCCAAUGUCCUUAGGAUUUGGCAAGUCCUUGCAAUCAUUACGUGCACUCAAUAUAAGGGGAAACGAACUAGACGAAGAUGAUGCACUUGGGCUUAGAUAUGCUAUGGUUCACAUGCCCCACUUGGAGCUUCUGGAUAUAAGUGAUAAUCCAAUUCAAGAUAGAGGAAUUAGAAAUUUACUUCCCUAUUUCAUCGAAGCUUCUGAAAAAUGCACACCCUUCACUGAUUUAUAUUUGGAGAAUUGUGAUAUUUCCAAUGGUGGAGUAAUUGAGCUCAUCAAUACACUUUUAACCUUCAAGAAACCCCUGGAAUCUCUAUCUAUUGCUGACAAUGUCCUUGGCAGCCAAGUAGCAGCAGCAUUGGGAAAUUUGUUGUCCACAUCAAUUCAAAUACUUAACAUUAGUGGCAUUGAAUUGGGCUCACCUGGGUUUGAGGACCUAGAGAAAAGCAUAACACAAACACAGGAGCUAAAGCUAGUUGAGAUUACCAUAAGCAAAAACCGUGGUGGAGUUGCAGCUGCAAAUUUUUUGUCUACGCUCCUGUUACGGGCUCCAAAACUUGAGACCAUCAAUGCAGCAUAUAAUUGGAUGCCAGUUGAAGCCUCUUAUAUUGUAUGCUCUGCCAUUAAAGCUGCGAAAGGUAAUCUUGGGCUUUUUAAUUUGAGGGGAAAUCAUUUGGACGGUCUGACAACUCAUGGGCUUACUGAAAUUCAACAGGCUGGAAAGCCUGUUUUGAAUAUUUCAUUGUUACCUAUCUUAGCUGCGCGUCAUGAUGAUGAUCCAUAGGUGGCUUUUCCCUUGGAUAUAUACAAGAUAUUGUAAAAUUAGUCUCUGUAUACUCUGAGUAUUAACUUGGCAUCACAAUAUGCUGAAAUCAUAGGUUUUGGUAUGUCAUUUUUGUUUUUCGAUACUCGCUGUACUCCAUUAAGGCCUUAGUUUACAUGCUUUAUAGUUAACAUGCAUCCAUGUGGUGUGUCUGUACAUUUUCUUUCGAAAUGGCUAAUUUUUUGUCAAAGAUGCACACUUCAACAAGCAAAAACUCUUAUUGGAUUGAACUCA